GCGGGUGCCGGGACAUGCAGCACCGUUCCUACAUCAUUCUAACUCACUACAGUGCCUUCUUCCUCAAAACACAUGAACAAGGGAGGAGAUGAGUGACCUGGAAUGGAACCCAACAGAUUUCUCGCCUGAGCUAUGUCCCCGAUUCGAACCACAAGAAAAGUACAGAUUCCCGGCCCCAAGGGAUUACAGCAUACUAUGCACACAGCUAAGAGACGGCGGAGGAGCUGAGGGUUCAGGAUUACACAUGACCUCGACAGUUGUAGAGACUUCUUUCACAAAGACUCAUACGCUGUCGAGGGUGAGGCCGUGUAGAGGUUGCGCUCCGCACAGUUGGAAUGCCGACGGUCACUGCAGCAACAUCGAGACGACGUGCGAACCGGUGAUAGCCGCCAAACCCAAGGUUCGAACGCAGAUUGUAAAUGGAGAUACGAAACCGCAAAGAGCUACGACAUCGGUGCUCGUCAGUACUUCGCAGCCUCAUUAUAUUUCCCAGGUAUUAGCCGCGUUGGCGUUAGCGUUAGGCCCUUUAGCAGCAGGCCUCGGCAAAGGCUACAGCUCACCAGCAAUUGCGUCCCUUCAAGAGAAACAACAAUUUGCCAUCCACACCGGGAACUUCACGAAUAUUUUGACGAUCAGCCCUCAACAGGCCUCCUGGGUCGCCAGCCUCUCCCUGCUCGGCGCCCUCUUCGGCGGCAUGUUCGGAGGGAUCGCAAUGAAAUUCGGUAGACGGAAAGUACUGCUGAUCACUUCAAUCCCUUUCUCAGCAUCCUGGCUGGUCACGGUCUUCGCUAAAAACAUUGAAAUGAUGUUUGCCACAGGAUUCGUAGGUGGCUUUUGCUGCGCCAUCGUGCUCAUGGUUUCCCAGGUUUAUAUCAGUGAAAUAGCUGUGGCAGAUAUCCGAGGUUGCUUAAGUGCUGUGCUGAAAAUAUUUGGCCAUGUCGGGGUGCUCAUAAGUUUCGCUGUCGGAGCUUAUCUUGAUUGGAGGGAGCUUGCGAUGGUCAUCAGUUGCGCGCCUUUAGUGCUCUUCAUCAGUGUGGCAUACAUGCCGGAAACGCCCAGUUAUUUAGUCUUGGUAGGGAAGGAGCAAGAAGCGGCUAGAUCGCUACAAUGGUUCAGAGGGCCGCAAGCAGACGUCGGUAAAGAAUUGUUGAUAAUUCGCAAUAACGUUCUCGCCGCUCAUUCCGAUAGAUUUAACAACCCAGGCAAACACGGUUUGAUUUCCAUUUUGAAUCCUAUACUUAUAACCUGCGGUUUAAUGGUAUUUCAAAGGUUUUCAGGUGCGAACGCGUUCAACUCUUACGCCGUUUCUAUUUUCCGUCAGACGUUCGGUGGCAUGGAUCCACAUAGCGGUGCGGUCGCGGUCGCUUUUGUCCAAUUACUUUCGUCUUUGUUGUCAGGUCUUCUGAUCGACACGGUAGGCAGAUUACCCUUACUUAUCGCGAGCAGUGUUUUUAUGUCUAUGGCCCUCGCUGGUUUCGGUUCGUUCGCUUACUACGACAACGUUCACCGAAGCAGGGGGUACGUCGUCGCCCAGUACGAUUGGAUCCCUUUGCUAUGCGUCUUAGUUUUCACGAUCGCGUUUUCGAUGGGCAUCAGCCCGAUUUCUUGGCUUUUAAUCGGUGAACUUUUCCCCCUAGAGUAUAGAGGGCUUGGAAGCGCCCUCGCGACUUCGUUCAGCUACGCUGGCGCUUUUAUCAGCGUCAAAACCUUUGUGGAUUUUCAAGAAAUGUUCGGUUUACACGGCGCGUUUUGGUUUUAUUCGGCCGUCUCUAUCGGCAGCCUUUGUUUUAUCGUUUGUUUUGUUCCUGAAACCAAAGGUAAAGACUUGUCAGAAAUGAAUUCACGUAAUCAAGGGACAUAAUUAAAACAAACAAAAAAUUAUCUCAUUGACUGUUUAAUUUUUUUCUUCUGAUUAUUGUCAGACAAUCGAUCUAUUCUAUAAGGCAAUAUAAAUUGAACGUUAAAAUAAAAAAAUAUAUUAUUGUACUUAAAAAAUCGGAAACAGCCCAUAUAAGAUAGUACAUUUUAACAAAACCGUGCCUUUUGCCAGUGUUUCAUUAUUUUUGAUUACUGAAAAAGAUAUGAGAU